AUGAAAAGCUCAAAUCGUAAUUUAAUUUUCUUAGCAAUUAUCAGUUCCUUGAUAUCAGCGAGUACAGGUUAUACAAUAACAGUAGACGCACACGCUGAAGAAUGUUUUUUCGAAAACGUAGAAGCCGACACAAAAAUGGGUCUAACAUUUGAAAUAGCGGAAGGAGGCUUCUUAGAUAUAGAUGUUAAGAUCGUGGGUCCAGAUGGAGCUAUAGUUUACAAAGGAGAAAGGGAAUCAUCUGGAAUGUACACAUUUGCAGCCCCCACAUCUGGUCGAUACACAUAUUGCUUUAGUAAUCAAAUGUCUACAAUGACACCAAAGGUGGUGAUGUUCAACUUUGAAGUUGGAGAUGCUCCUACCAAGAAAACAGGUGAAAAGGAUGAUGAAGCAAAUCACAAUAAAUUAGAGGACAUGAUUAAAGAAUUGGGCACUACUUUAAAAACUGUCAAACACGAACAAGAGUAUAUGCAGGUCCGCGACAGAAUACACAGAGACAUUAAUGAGAACACAAACUCCAGGGUUGUAAUGUGGUCCAUAUUUGAAGCUUGUGUAUUACUUCUCAUGACAUGUGGGCAAGUGUAUUAUUUGAAACGAUUCUUUGAGGUUCAACGUGUUGUGUAA